CACACUGGUGACUUGGAUUUUUGCAUUUUGAUUUCUUACAGCCGAAGCAUAAUUUAACGCCUAUUAUUUAUUCGGCAUCAGUUGUGCUUCUUAAUAAUUCAUUGCGCCACAGGCAUCUCAAGGUGUUAUGAGAGCAUGCUGAACAUUACUUGCUUUUUUUUUUUUUGUUUGCCGUUCAAGGGCCUGUUAAACUCUCAGCAUUCUGCUCAAAGGCUGGCUGGCAGUGGGAGGAUGAGAGAGACCGCCACACACACACACAUCACAGCCAUACUAAAUAAGGUCCCGCUCCAACACCCAGUGUAGUGAUUUGUCUCUUAUGUAACAAUGCAAGAAUAGAGAGAAUAACCUGAAAAAAGAAAGACAACUGGUGCAUCCUUCAGUCAGUUUUUGAAAGUAUAUUGUCACAGUUUGCAGAGAGUGUUUGGUUUGCUGCGUUGGUGAGAUUCAGCAGUCAGUCUUCGGAGGUUUUUCGAAUGUAAAGCAGAGCUUGAUUGGAGGACUUGUGUUGCAGUCCCCAGGUGAAUCCAAUCUGACACCCUCUCUCACCUGACCCAAUCAGCCUGCAACACGCCCUCCACCCCACACACACCCCACCCCCCACACACACACACACAUUCACCACCCCCUUCAUUCAUUCUGCUCAGUCAGAGCUGUUUAGUGUGGCUGAAACUCAUGAACUUCCUUCCCCAUAGAAACACAGCCACACAGUAAUCCCUUACAAUGGAGUUAGAGGCUGUUCUAUACAUCUCUGAGGACAUCAUGGACUCUUUCAGCACCAAGAACCUGGCACUGCAGGCUCAGAAGAAGCUGAUGAGCAAGAUGGCCAACAAGACGAUGGCCAACAUGUUCAUCGACGACACCAGCAGUGAGGUGCUGGACGAGCUCUACCGCGUGACCAAGGAGUACACGCGGAACCGCAAGGAGGCACAGAAGAUCAUCAAGAACCUCAUAAAGAUGGUGGUGAAGCUAGGCGUCCUCUACCGCAACAACCAAUUCAACGGCGAGGAGCUGGUGCUGGUGGAUAACUUCCGCAAGAAGGUGCACACGCUGGCCAUGACGGCAGUCAGCUUCCACCAGAUCGAGUUCACCUUCGACCGGCGAAUCAUGAGCGGCAUUCUCAACGAGUGUCGUGAGCUGCUCCACCAGGCCAUCAACCGCCACCUCACCGCCAAGUCGCACUCCCGCAUCAACCACGUCUUCAACCAUUUUGCCGACUGUGACUUCCUUGCGGCACUUUACGGGCCCACCGAGGUCUACCGCGCCCACCUACAGAGGAUUUGUGAUGGUGUGAACAAGAUGCUGGAUGAAGGCAAUCUCUGACCCACACCAUCCUCUUUCUGCCCCCAGCCCCCACCUUUUUAAAGAAAACAGUGUGUUUGUGAACAUUUUAGUGUUUUUCUGUGUGUACCUAUUGGUCUCUGUGUGUCCCUUCUAUUCCCAUGAUGACUCUAAGAGAUCUCCAGACUCCAGACAGUUUGACCCUCACUCCCCCUCUCUUGCCUUACCCAUCACUUAUGAUGAUCCUUAUAAUGCAGAUCCACUUCUUUUGAUGACUGAACUAGCUACCUAAAAUAGUCUUUCACUGAAAGCCUAUGAUCAAAUUUGUGAGUGGUGAGAGUGGUCUUGAACUAGUGCAGUCUAAGGACAUUCUGAUGAGCCAACAAACCCUAAUGCCUAGUGAGAAUAUGAAGAAUUGAUAGCACAACUUGAAGCAAAACAAGCACUGCAAUUUCUUAAGUAUACUAACAUGUUGAAGGACCAUUUAAGCCUACAGGUAGGGUGUGAAUGUAUAUGCAUAAUCCCAAGUUUACAUGUAAUCCCCAGCACUGUCCCCAUGCCUUACUUUAUUCUUGUAUAUGCACAGGUGAGUUUGUUUUACGGAAAGUAGUUAUAGAUUACAGCGAGACCAAAGCCUGUUUGUUUAAACCAUGUAGUUGGUGCUUGACAAAGCUGACAUUUUAUUUUGGAACUGCAAUGUAUAUUUAUCAGUUAUGAAAUCCCAACUGAAACUCAACAGUACCUUAAACAUAGCAUAGGUUCAGUGUAGAUUUCAAAUAUGUAAUGGUGUUUAAAUGAAAUACAGUACUAGCAUGGUUCUAGACCUGGUGGUUUUAUAAUAGGAAUAACGAUAGGAUUGUACUGACUGUACUAAUUCCAGAUUUUACUUUGAGACCAGGACCUAGUAUUCCAGUAGUAUUCACUUACAGUCCACUCCAUGCCCUGUACCCCUAGUUAAUGUGAUAGUUAGACAUUUGCUCUUUGAAGUCCUUAAUCAGGAAUUAAGUUUAUGUGAAUAAUCUACUUGCCUCUGUGACACUACUCAGCACAUACAGGUUAUUUUAGAUGUAUUUUUGUAAUGCUGUAUGUGAAAGACAUGUUGUCCUCAUUUAAUGUUGUUUCUCGUGAAGGAUCAGAGACACCUGGAAGAGAGUUUAUUCGUGGGAUACACCAGAUGAGUAAUCGUUCUGUCACUGAAUCAAAAACCUGUAGCAGCUCUGCCAAAGAGAUUUCAAAUGAAUGAAUGUCAGAGAGGACCCAAACAUUCCCACAGGAGGUUCUGUUUUUGGAAUGUUAUGUUUACAUUCCAAAGGAAGUUCAACUUUGGAAUGCUACAACUCAUUAUCUAUGCACUUAGUAGAUUAGUGGUUAAUAUUUUUGUAUUUUGGAAAUAUACAUCUCCCAGCUGUAAAGUGAUCACCUGUUGGACUGUUCUAGCUGGUUAUGUGACACUUGAGCUCAUGAAUAAAGGAUUUGAAAGCGUAUGCCAACACAAGUACUAAAAGGAGAACAAUAGACGGGGAUAUCUUUUUAUGGAGCUGUAAAGUUUAACUGCAAUCAAUGCCAUUCACCUCUCAGUCUUAUUCACUCAGGGUUGAGUCUCUCAUGGCUCCUGUCUCAGUAAGUGAGCCGAUAAUGAAAUGAUGGGGGACUGUUGUUUCUGUAUAUAUUUUUACAUGAGCUCACCCUGACCAUAAAGGGAACAUAUUUUAAAUCAGAUUCUACAUGUACCUUUUCGAUUGUGAAGGUGAUUUGAUGUGUGUAAACAAAUGUCAACCUAAAGGUUUUGUCAACAUCCGUUCUCUGUUCUACAUUUGCAGUAUAAACAAAUACACUUUCUUUUUCGUAAGAAAUAA